AUGGGAGAGCAUUCAGCCCUACUGAGUGACCUGGCCUGGACUUGCCAACAGCUGGAACAGAUCAAAGCUAAGCAAACCAAGGACCACCAACGGGUUGCAAAGUCAUUUGAAAAGACUUUACUUUCCAUCCUCGAACGUGAGCAGACCAUCCUUACUCAGGUGGAAGAGGAGCACAGGCGGCUCAGAGAUCAGCUGUCUUCCAUCCAGAGAAGUAAUGAGCUGGCCCUUCAGGAUGGGGUGGCAGAAAUAAACAGCCUUGUGCAUGAGAUCUCUGGAAUAUCGUCCCAGCUCAAACAGGCUUUGGGCACAUCCAACGAUAGUGAAACUGUGGUAAGGCAGAUCAAGGAACGAGUAUCCAACAUAUUUUUUAAAAGAAAAAGUAUCAGUGUUAGUUUAAAGAAGGUACAUUUUACUCCUUAUCAGCUUGUUCCUACCACACUCGGUGAGAUUCGAUGUGAAGAACAAACUCUAGGUUUCUCCAUCCCGUGUCCUCCCAAAAGAACUCAAACAAUCUCCAUCGAGAAUGAGGAUACAGUUUUGCUUUGCGAUGAAAAGCCACCAUGGGAAAACUCUUCUCAGAGUUUAGUAGAUCCUGGAAAUAUCAUAAUAAAUAUGUCAGAUGAUCGGAGUGAUCUGGAUUCUGAACCCAGCCCCAGGUUACCCUAUACAAGACAAGAGAAAAUAAUAAAUCAUGAACUUCAGAAAAGUACCUUAUCCCUCCUGGAACAGGCAGUUAAUGAAGCAGACAACGCAGAAGUGAAUCCUCAAAUUGCCACCAAAUCCUGGAUCUCAGAAAUUAAACAUAGUCCAUGCAAGGAGCAGAGUUUGAUUACACUAAAGAAAGGAACUUCAAGAAUUAUGUGUUCUGAAGAUCACAGUAGAGCAACUAAAUGUCUUCCCAACGAGUUCCAAGAAAUGAAGGCAAUGCACCUGUUUGUAAAGAGUAAGGAGUCAGAAACGACAAAGAACUGUGACGUGGGAACCAGAAGGAAACGUCAUGGUCUCUGUCCACCCACCCAAAAGUUAAAUCAUUCAUCAACACAGGGCAAAACUGAUAAUUCCUGCUUUUACAGCCCAAGUGACAAUAAGCCUGUGUUAAGCAAUGGUCCAGAAACAGUGAAGGGGACAAAUCAGAACUCCUGCUAUGAGAAAAACAGUAUUAUCAAUACCAUAGAUCAGUCUGGCAUUUUACCAGAUCCCAAUACAUUAUUUAGAGCCACAGCAGCAUUUGUGCUUGAAGACUACUCAGACAGUUCAGAAGAGAUUUUGGAAGAUAGAAGCAAUAAUGCUGACAGAGAUCCUAAAGAUUUUCGGGAAUUGGCAAUCAGAGAAAGCCGAAUGCCUUCUGCUAAACAAAAUGCUGAUGGGGAACAAUUAGCUAGAUGGCAAAGCCAAAAUGACAUGAAGAGUGAAGACCUGACUUGUAGAUAUAGUCAAGAGUUGCAGUUAAGCCAGUUUACAGAUACCUCUGUAUUAAUAGCUCAUGUAAAGAGUCCAUCACUGAAUAGUGAUUAUAUAAGACUAGACAAAGUGAGUAGUGAGACUAGGUAUGAACCUGCAAGAUCAUUGUCCCCCGCAGAGAGUGUCACAUCUACCUGUACCUUUAUCAUAGAGCCUGCAGGGAGCAGGGAGAAAGUUCAAAAGUCCCAUAUAACACGCCCAUUUUCACAGCCAACAGCUAAAAAAAAUAAGAAAGCUCAUCCUGUUAUUUCUCCUUCUUUUGCAAAAUCUGAAAUACGUACUCAACAACAUUUGCCCAAAUCAAAAAAGUUAUCUCAAGUCAGGUGUCUAUCACCAAAACUUGUUCCUAAUAUCAAAAAUCUACUUCGACCCACCUCAACCUAUAACUCUGUUCCAAGAUCAUCCUCGAUGCCUUAUAUUGAAAAAAUCUCAAGGCAAAUUAAUUCACAUCCCAAAGCCAUCAAAUCGUCAUCAUACAUGGAAAGAAGGGACUCUAUAUCUAGUUCUUCAAGCUGCUGGUCGAAUCCAAGGAGUUUAGCAUCAUCAAAUCCAUCAGGUGCCACUCGAGAAGUGCAAGUGCGAGUAAGGUCUUCUCAGCACUGGAGAAAGACUGCAAAGGUUUCCCAUCAACUCCCUUACAAAACAAAGUGUUUAAGCAAAAGUGAAUCAAAUCUCAUUGACUUUCCCACUGAGAGUGGAGCUCCUGAUAAUCUUGUUAAACAAUUUGGAAAGUUUGGGUCUGGCCGAGCAGAGUUAAAUCUCCCCCAUGGCAUCCACACAAUAACCACAGGGUUACUCUACAUAGUAGAUUAUGGAAAUCGGAGGCUGCAAGUGAUGGAUGCUAAGGGGAAAGUCCUCCAACAAAUUGCACUAGCCACCAAGAAUUAUUUUGAUGUUGCUGUGAACAAGCGAGGGCUAGUUGCAUUGACCAACUCAACCGAUCGCACUGUGGAAGUGUAUAAUCGGCAUGGCCGUUUCCUCCAAUCCAUUUCUAGGAACUGGGGAGCCCCACGUGGUAUUACUGUCAACCAGAAUGAUGAUUUUGUUAUUGCAGACAUGAGGCUGGGAACUCUGUGGGCCUUGACACUCGAUUCUUCAAAUGGACGUCUGAAGGAAAGCACAGUAGUCCCUGGCUUUAACAAGCCCUACCUUGUUGACUCCAACAAUCAAGGACUUCUAGUUAUUUCAGAAAGAGGAUUUGAUGGAGGUUGUUGUGUGAAGGUGCUUGGAAAGGACUGGCAAAUUCUGAAAGUCCUAGGGCUGAAGGAUAGUCUUGGACCAGUGCUCUAUAACCCAUGGGGAGUCUGCAUAGACAAUGAGGGAGGAGUGCUGGUGGCAGACUGGGGAAAGAAACAUUCUAUUAUCUACUAUUCUCCCACAAAGCCUGCCCAAUUCAUUGUUACAGAGGGCCUCAGCAGUCCUAGAGGUUUGGCACUGUGGCAAGACCACCACCUCAUGGUGGCAGAUAGUAUGCACAACUGCAUCAAGGUAUUCCAAUACAAAGAAUAACUUGAAUGAGUAUUAUCCAGGUACUUCCUUUUAUUGAGAAAAAUCAGCAUUGUGAUGAGGAUUCUGCAAAUUCAAAUCCCAGAUUAUCCUAAAAAUAAAGUAAAAUAUUACCAAACCUUGUAAAG